AUGCACCUAAACUGGUUAACAUCCCUCACCCUGAAGAACCUGGGGCUGAGGAAACUGGCCACGGGCUCCAGUGGCACACAUGGAAGCAAACCUUUCGGGAAAAAUCCCCGCCUGCUGUCCCCACCCCCACCCUCCCCGCCCAAGAAUGCGCUUCCCGUGCUCCGAGGGUCUGGGGCGGGGGGCGCCCUUCCCUGUGCGCCCGCCCGCGUCAGGGCUAAACUGAGGCGCACGGGGCCGCGCCCUCCCGUGUGCGGUUCCGCCUCCCGCCGCCUCGCACGAACUUCCCACGGGAGUUUGCGGGGCGUUCUAAGUUUGGGCGUGAAACCGAACACCUCCUCUGGCUGGCAGGACGCAGCUCAGGCAGAGGCGCGGACCCCCGACGGCCACGCCGCGCCGGGCGGGCCAUUGUCUCAGCCGUCCCUCCCAGCCCCACGCGUGGCCACGGCCGUGGGGACGCGGCCCCGGCGCCCCUUUACCUGCGGCCGUACGGCUGCACCGCCCAGCCGUGGGCUGAACGAGCGGCAGGGGCGGCGCGGCCUUUGUGCGUCUGCCGCUGCCCCGACGGCGCCGGGACCGGGACGGGGCAGCGCCAUGCCCGCCUCCCACGGCCGCGGGCGCCGGGACCCCCACCCCCACAGCGGCUCCGGGGGGCCGGGCUCACCUCCGGCGCGGGGCGAGGGAGCGGCGCGGGCGCCCCCUACUCGUCCGCGCGGGGACAGUGCAGGCGCGGGGUCCCUGCGCGGGCGGCCGGCGUCCGGCGGGGGGACUGUUGGGGCAGAAAGUGCUCGCAGCAGCUGUUGCGCCCUCCCCACGGCCGCGCCGCCCGACGCCACGCCCCCAGCCGCGCUGGGCACGCCCCCUCGGCGCCCGCGCCUGUGCGCAAGCGCACUCCCGACCCGCCCACAGCCGCCGGCCACGCCCCCCACGGGCCCCCGAGGCGCGAGCCCCGCAGAGCAGCGCGCGCACCCCACUCCCACCCCGUGGGCUCCCGCGCACGCGCGCCCCGCGCCGCCUCCCGCCAUCCGGCUUAACGUGGCGCGCUCGCGCCCGGGCGGUUCCAGUGACAGUUUCAUGUCUAAAUUUGGAGUUGGUACCAAAGAAUCUACUUACUUUGCAUAG